UAAAAAUACCACCUACAAUUAUGGUGGGAAAUGAGAGAUUUUCGUUUCAAAAAACCGUCCAAUGUUUGGCGCGUGUGCUGGCCAUGAUCAAGCCCACACCGUGGGAAAAGGUGCAAACACUGUUCAAAUAUUGUCCACAGGAAAAUGCGGCCGGAGUGUUUUGUCUCGAUGCUCGGGCACAAGAUGCGGUCAUUGCUCUUGGGUUGUACUUUCUCGAGAGUGGUUAUCAGUAUGGGAAAGAAAUUAUCCCUUACCUGCUACGACUUGCGAAAGCACUCCCGAAAGCAGUUUGGAUCGAUGACGUCAAGCCUAAUAAAAUCGAUAAGAUACCAACGGCGGAAAAGUUUAGCUUCUGUCUUAAUAGUCUCCUGUCCGAUAUAGCCGUUGGAUGUCCGGAGCAUCGUGAUGAAAUCAUCCUCAACCAGGUGGAGGUGCUUACCGUGCUAACAAACAUGAUCAAAGGGAGCAAAGAAAGUAGCACCCUUCCACCGAUUAUUCUCUGUAAAGCGACCGUACCCUUGCUGCUCGGGUUGAGUCGUUCGAUGGGACGCUAUGCUGCCUGUGAUCCUCCCCUUCUCUGUCGACUAUUUCCGAAGGACGAAAUUCUGGUAGUAAAAUCGCCCGAAACACCGCUUUCAGCCGAUGCGAAGGAUAGUACGAGCGUUAGCCAGUUUCGUUCGAUUAUCCCACGGUCGAUGUCGGGCAGUCUGUCCGUAGAUGCGGGUGAGACAGAAAAAUCGAUCAACAGUAGCCGGAAGAAGCUUAGUUCCUUCUACUCCGUGCCGUACGAUCCGACGACGUACUUUUUCGCAAAGUACGGUUCAAGUUUUAACCAGUUCCCGAACAUGCGCUUCUGUGAUUCGUUGGAGAGGAACGAUCGUUUACAGUUCCCGAUCAACCAUCUGCAGACUAUUUUCGCGCUCGCUAAAAAGCUUCUCACGAAAGAAACGCUGGAACAUUUGGACGAGCAGGCGGGCGAUAUUUAUGCGUUGAAUCAGAUUAAACCGUACGGCUACAAAAGCUUCUCGGAAACGAUCAAUCUGGUAAUGGUCACGUUGCUGAGGGAAAUAUUGCAGAAUCAGACAGAUCUCCCAACACCCUUCACGAAAGACGUGCAAGAGUUUGUGAAGCGUUUGUUCCUGAUCGGUCAAACGGAGCUGCAGAACAAGCAGCACGAUGCGCUCGAUCGUGUGCGGGAUCCGUCGAACAUUGUUGUGAACAAGUACAAGAUCAACGUGAUGGCGAAUGCGGCGUGCGUUGAUUUGCUCGUAUGGGCGAUCGGUGAUGAAACGGAGGCCGAUAAACUGUGCAGCCGACUUUACCAGAAGCUUAACUCAGUGUUGGGACACAAGGUGGUGAUGGAUCAUAUGCCACUGCUAAUGGUUUGCCUAGAGGGAUUGGGUAAGCUGGCGCAAAAGUUCCCUAAUAUUGCGGGAACAUCGAUAUCAUAUUUACGAGACUUCUUGGUCGAUCCAAGCCCCAUCCUAACGAAGCUUUACGUCCAAUCACAAGCACAAACGAAGAAGGAUAAAGAAAAUGCUCCUUUCCGAAUCGUGGUGCAAGGAUCCGAUUUCAAAGCGUUCGAUCAUGCAACGAAACCGAAAGGACUCACCAAGUCCGCCCAGGAAGCGUUCGAAGCGUUGCGUGAUGCGGCAAUUGAAAACCUUAGCAUCGCGCUCCGGGCCGCUCACGCACUCGACCAGUACUGUGUACCGGCACUGGUAGCGAACGUAUCAAAUCGGCUGUUUACCGCCGAAAAGCAGGAAAGCGAAUCGAGUCUCGUAUCGCUCAACAUCAUCGUUAUGUUGGGCCACGUGGCAGUCGCGCUUAAGGACACGCCGAAAACAACGAACAAUAUUCUGCAAUUUUUCAUCCAACGCUUCUGCAAGGUACCAUCGGAGCAGAAUGUACUGAUCGUCGAUCAGCUGGGCUGUAUGAUCAUCUCCAAGUGUGAGCCGCAGGUUUUUGAGGAGAUAAUGAAAAUGUUUUCACGCGUCACCGUACAGGCUGCAUCACUUGCUUACUCGACCAACCCUGAGCAAAGUGUUUACAGGAAAUCAUACCACCAUGUGUCGGAUGCGGUCGUCAAUGCGCUGGCAAACAUUGCCGCCAACAUACAGGGCGAGCUGGAGAUGCUGGACUUGCUGGGCAAGCUGCUGGAGCUGUUUGUGCAGAUCGGGCUAGAAGCGGAACGGUCGUCGGACAGUACGUCUGGGGCGCAGAAAGCUAGUUCGAGUGCGGGAAACCUUGGAAUGCUUAUUCCUGUGAUUGCGGUCCUCGUGCGACGUCUGCCUCCGAUCAAGAAUCCUAAACAACGUCUGCACAAGCUAUUCAAAGACUUCUGGCUGUACUGCGUCGUGAUGGGAUUCACCAAUUCGCGUCUUUGGCCCUCUGAUUGGUACCAGGGCGUGCAGCAGAUAGCGGCCAAAUCUCCGCUACUCAUCUCCCAAACGGCGCACCGAUCGGAGAUGCGCGAGCUUAACUACACGUCCGCGAUCCGAUCGGGUAGUGUUAGCUUGAUGGAACUUCGGAAUCAAAUCCUGCUCCUACUGGACCACCCUCCAGCAGAUAUAACGGCGUGUAUCAACAAGCUGACGUUUGCCCAAUGCGCUUACCUGCUGAGUGUUUACUGGUUGGAAAUUUUGCGUGUGGAAAACGCUUCGGAACCGAGCCUUGAACCGAUCCUUAGCUACCUGUGCGAUAAUGCACUGCUGAAGGAUAAGUACGGCAUGUGGCAAUGUGUCCGCUGCAUCGGUGAUCAGGUGUUUGAGAAGUUCCGCAGCGUACUGCUGGCACAGGACUCGGUACGCGAGAAGGUCCUUGAAUCGCAGGCCAUGCUGCUGCUCGUUUACUUUAACCACAUCCACAAACAGAUCCAGCUGGUAGCGGAUCAGUAUCUGUCGCAGUUGGUGGACAAGUUCCCGCACUUGCUGUGGAACCGGAAGGUGCUCUGGUGUAUGCUGGAUGUACUACAGCUACUAGCCUUCUCGCUGACACUCGAUCCGAACGAGGAAACACCAACGCUUCGGGUUGCUUCAACGCCGUAUACGCUGCAGCUGAUGGACAGUUUACCGGCUAGGGAAAGUCGGGUAAAGGAUUUCGCCGAUCGUUGCCAAGGAAUCGUUAACGAAGCGAUGAAAUGGGCUCCGAAAUCAACGCGCAGCCAUCUGCAGGAGUAUCCGAAUCAGGUCCCGUCGACUACGCUCUCCAAUCACAGCGGAUUAGCGUUGGCGGUUGAUUCUAUCCUGCAUACCUGGGUAACGAAUGCAUCCAUACCAACGACAACGAAGCGUCCUCACUGCGUUAAUAGUGACACCUCUAAGUUUGUGUCGGUGCUAUGCUUGCGAAGUAAAUAUGCGGGCGAAAUAUCUGGCCUUCUAUCCGUGCUGGAAGAUGAAGAGAAAAAGGGCCUAGCGGAUCGGUUGGUGCGGGAUGUCUGGGAUGCUUGCGCGGAGAAGAGUGAUCCGAAGCAUCGUGGAGCUUUGUGGCGUGCGACGGCUUAUUUGAUACUGUGCUCUAGUGCCAACCGAAAGUUGCUGCAUGCGAUAUCCUCCUCCCAGGUGCAGCUGUUUACCGAGAGCGCCAUGGAGACGGCCGUCGAGUGUUGGCAGUGGAUCUUGACUGCGAGGCAAGAUUUAGAGCUUUGCUUCAUACAGGAGAUGGUAACGGCGUGGCAAACCACGUUCGACAAGCGCAUGGGACUGUUCUCGGAGGAGAACGAUGUAACGAGCCCGUUGGCGGCUUACGAAGGCUGCCGACUGGUGCCCAAGCCUAUCGUAGUCGCGCCACAUCUGAUUUGGUUACAGUUGCUGUCGGAGAUGGUCGAUACGGCCAAGUACUGCAACCGGGAUAAGGUGGAAAUGUUCUGUAUGCUGCUGCACCGAUGUCUACCGUUUAGUAGGGAUUUUAAGCAGAAUCGUCACAUCUCCACGGUUGGCUGUCGGUUUAAGCUAUUGCAGUGUGGGUUGUCGCUGUUGCAAGGUAAUACUAUCCCAAAGUCCCUCGCACGCAACAUUCUACGCGAGAGGAUUUAUGCCAACGCACUAGACUAUUUCUGUGGACCGCAGCUUUGUCCGAGUCAGUCCCGCGAGGCAUUGCUGGAGGAUAUCUCGAUACUGUUGAAAUUCUGGCAAACGAUGCGCAGCGAAAAGAAGCAUCUGGUUGCAUCGGAACUGAGCGACUACGAGCUUCACACAGCCUCGGUGAAUCUGUCCGUGCAGAAGGUUUCACUCGAUACGGUAUCACUGGCCGGGAGUGAGGUCGCACGUUCGACGAGCAGUGGCAAUGCUGGCUGGUACAAUACGAUCCCCCACUCUACGUCCACCCUUUCCAAGCGUUCGGCUCGUAUCAAACGUCCUCCGUACCAGAAGGACGCGUACGACAAGGACUACAUGAAGAAGCGUAACCUCAUUCUAGAGCUCCUGGCGGUGGAGAUUGAGUUUAUGCUUAUUUGGGCGAAUCCACUCUCGCUGCCGGAGUUGCAGAUUCCUGGUGAAGAGUCCGUAGUAGAGUGGCGCGCCCGCCCCAUGAAGCUAAACGUAUGGCGUGACUUUACCCGCCUAGCUUGGUCAUACAAUCCAGCGUUGGCCGUAUUUUUACCGCAACGUAUCCGUAACGCGGAAACAAUCGAAGACGAAGUGACGCGAUUGGUUUGUUCUGAUCCGAUGGCGGCUGUACACAUUCCCGAAGCGCUGAAGUAUCUCGUCACCACGAAGACGGUUCUGAACGAAUCACCUGAGCUGGUGUACAUGUUGACUUGGGCGAGAGUGAAUCCGAUACAGGCGCUGUCUUACUUUUCGCGCCAAUAUCCGACACAUCCACUGACGGCACAGUACGCGGUGAAGACGCUUAACUCUUAUCCCGCGGAAGCUGUGCUGCCAUAUAUUCCGCAGCUUGUACAAGCGUUGCGACACGAUACGAUGGGAUAUGUAACGGAGCUUAUUAAGCACAUUUCGAAACGAUCGCAGAUUGUGGCCCACCAGCUUGUUUGGAACAUGCAGACAAACAUGUACAUCGACGAGGAGAUGCAUCAUCGAGACUCUCUCUACGACGCACUAGAAUCGCUGUCCCAAAACAUCAUCUCGUCACUCUCCGGACCGGCCAAACGGUUCUACGAGCGUGAGUUUGAUUUCUUCGGAAAAAUCACCGCCGUAAGCGGUGAGAUACGGUCAUUCCCCAAAGGGCAGGCACGUAAGAAGGCUUGUCUGGAAGCGCUGAGUCGCAUCAAGGUACAGUCCGGCUGCUACCUUCCAUCGAAUCCGGAAGCCAUGGUGCUCGAUAUCGAUUACAACAGUGGCACACCCAUGCAAAGUGCUGCCAAGGCUCCCUAUUUAGCCCGGUUCCGCGUACAGCGCUGUGGUAUUACUGAGCUGGAAACGAUGGCGAUGGAAGUAUCGAACAAUCCCGACUCGCAGAUCGAUGGACCGAGGUUGAAUUCUCUUGGACCGGAAGCAUGGCAAGCGGCCAUUUUUAAGGUCGGCGAUGACGUGCGCCAGGAUAUGCUGGCGCUGCAGGUGAUCUCGAUCUUCAAGAACGUGUUCCAGCAGGUUGGGCUGGAGCUGUAUCUGUUUCCGUACCGUGUUGUUGCCACUGCUCCAGGGUGUGGCGUGAUUGAGUGUGUACCGAAUGCAAAGUCACGUGAUCAGCUCGGUCGUCAGACCGAUUUCGGGCUUUACGAGUACUUCCUGCAUCAGUACGGUGAUGAAACGUCGAAAGAGUUCCAGUCGGCGCGCAGCAACUUUGUCAAAUCGAUGGCCGCCUACUCGGUGAUUGGUUACUUGCUGCAGAUCAAGGAUCGCCAUAACGGAAACAUUAUGAUCGAUAAGGAUGGUCAUAUUAUUCACAUCGAUUUUGGUUUCAUGUUUGAAUCAUCACCCGGUGGUAAUAUCGGCUUCGAACCCGACCUAAAACUAACGGACGAGAUGGUAAUGGUGAUGGGAGGCAAAAUGGAGGCGGCACCGUUCAAGUGGUUCUGCGAUCUUUGUGUGCAAUCGUUCCUCGCCAUUCGCCCAUACCAGGAUGCUAUUGUGACGCUCGUAUCGCUAAUGCUCGACACCGGGUUGCCGUGUUUCCGUGGUCAAACGAUCACCCUGCUGAAGCAGCGAUUCGUACCGACAAAGAAUAGCAAGGAAGCGGCCGCUCAUAUGCUGGGUGUGAUCAGGAACUCGUAUCAAAACUUCCGAACGCGCACGUACGACAUGAUUCAGUAUUAUCAGAAUCAAAUUCCAUACUAAGCAAAUUGGUAGAUCCGUGGGAGCAGAUCGAUUUAAUCUUACUUGGGGGUGGGUGGUCCGCUGGGAUAUAAAAUUUCAAUUGUUUGUUACCAAAGGUAAACUGUAGGG